AAAUUCAAUUAACGUCGACAACAGAACAGGUGGAAAAGUGACGGCGAGAAAAGGAGCCGCCCGUCUUGUAUGACUGACUACCCACUGAUUUCUUUCUGCUUUGCAUUUGUUAUCUGAUCUCCCACUAACGUCAGACUCAAAAUUCCUGAAAAUCCAAAGGAAUGCCGAUGGUUGUUGCCAAGAGAAAUGCAAGGGAACGGACACGUGUACACACUGUUAAUCAGGCAUUUCUUGUUCUGAAACAACAUCUUCCAAGCCUCCGUCAAUUCACAAAACGUGUCAGCAAACUUCGUAUACUGAAUGCAGCAAUCACUUACAUUGACACACUUCUUAAAUUAAUUCAAAGUUCAGAAGCAGUUCCUCAGUCUGUUAUUUCUGCAACUCUUGGCCCAAUUGUUCCAACUCCCGUUCGAGCUGUCCAUAAAAUCUCAAAACCAGACACAGUCAUAUCUCAACCAAUCCGUCCCCUUGCACCAGUUCUUCCACGCCACGAAACGUAUCUCCCAGCUCCAAUAGCUGCGACGUGUGCUCCAGAUCAUUCUCUAGUCGACUAUAGAUCAACAUUCGCAUCGUCAUUAGCACCACCAGUUCCAAUGCAAAUGCCUUCAGUAUUCUCACCUCAACCAACAUUCCCUUAUAUGAAGAGUCUACUUGAUUAUCCAACAUAUUUCUAUCAACCAUCAACUGCACCUCCACCACCACCUGCACCAACUGCACCACAAUCACAUUUGAUUGUUAAUAAUCAACUUGUACCAAUGCCCUCUUAUCAAUGUUUUUGAAUAAAUACAUUU